GCUGGGAUAUGGCGUAACCAUGGGCAGUAAGAUGGCAGCUGCCGCUAGAGUCGUACAGGUAGUCAAGCCACAUACUCCCUUAAUAAAAUUCCCAGACAGAAAAAGUAGUCCCAGACCUAAAAUACUGGAAUCUCUACAAGCAAGUAUGCCAUCUCUUGGUGCUUCAAAAGCACAGGAGUCUGUAGGAGGCAGAUCACCAGGAUUUCAAAAUAUUUCACCGGUUAGUAGAGUACAAGGUAUACCAGACACUUCUGAAUCAACAAGAACCUUACCUCAGAAAUACAGACGAAAACUAAUGUCAGAUGAAGAGAUUGAAUAUAUUCAACGUGGAGGUCCAGAAUAAAUAUGGAAAAUUAUUUGCCACUGUUGAAGAAUGAAAUAUUACAUUCACAAUAAAAGCAUUUCCUUAAUA